GUUUGUGUAGGUGCGAUGGAUGAUGUACUGGAUUGUGUUUGCCCUCUACACUGUGGUGGAGACCAUCACCGACCUAACACUGGCAUGGUUUCCUCUGUACUAUGAGCUGAAGAUAGCCAUUGUGAUCUGGCUGCUGUCACCCUACACAAGAGGAGCAAGUCUCAUUUAUAGGAAGUGUCUGCACCCUCUGUUGUCCUCCAGAGAGAGGGAAAUAGAUGAGUAUAUUGUGCAGGCCAAGGAGAGGAGCUAUGAGACCAUGGUCAACUUUGGCAAGCAGGGACUGAGCAUUGCUGCAACCGCCGCUGUCACUGCAGCUGUCAAGGCAAGUGUCUCUAGCUCGUCAGAACACUAAAUUCUAUUCUAUUCUGUAUUCUAUUUCACAUUUGUUUAAAGGUGCUACUUUUUUCAUUAAUAUGCUGUCAUUAUAAUUUUACUUAAACCAGCUACAAUAAGUUUUGAACUGGUUACGAAACAGUCUCAGUUUAACACUAGUGCCUCUAUAUGACCUACUUAAGAAAAUGAGACCAUCAGCAAGAAUAUUGGCUAUUUAUAUAUUUAUUAUUCUAAAAGAUGGAUUGACUUACAGAAUUGCCAUAUUGUAAAAUAUUAACACUUUGGGUCCCAAAGCUUCAAGCCACAACCCAAAGCAUCAGUAUUUGAUGAACUGGGAAUGAGACUCACCAAUCAACAGCUUUCUAGGCUCUGAUUGGUUAAUUUUGUUCAACUGUGGUGGAUUCUUGCAGAUGCCAUUAGGAGUUUUAGAACAAGCCAGAGGAACCAGAUAAAAUUACCUACUGCAGCUUUAAAUAGGAUUAAGGUUACUUAUAUAAAGUUGCAUUGAUUUUUCAAUCUCACUUUUAAAUGUGGGACACUUUGUGUUGAUGAACUUAAAUGAAACCGUCAACCAAUUUUCCUUUUUUUUUUUUUUUUUGAGUUAGACAUAUAAUAGGUCUUAAAUUGCAUUUAUAAUGGUCUUUAAAAAAAUCUUAAAUUCAACCCAUUGUGAACUGCACAAACCCUGGGAAAUGCUGAUGACUAGCUUUCUCAAUAAAAACUAUUACCGAUCACCCAUCUCUGUAAAUUGUAUUACAUGUAACCUAGCUGUAUGAACAGUACUAAAACAAAGCUUUCUUUGUUUCACCAUUGUUAUAUUUCAGUUAUUAAUCUUACAGAACCACUAAUAGAUUUACAUUACAUUACAUUAUAUUACAAACAGCUGUGUUUAAAAAUGUAAAAUAGUAUUAGAAAUAAACAUCUUUUUUGCCCUUAAUUCCAAAACAAAUACAUGCACUAGGCAGAUCAAGAUCUUUAUGACACGAGGCAGUCGUGCGCAUAUGUCUAAUCAACACAGAAUGCUAAAUCACACCGACGGAAAUAGUGUUAUUGGUCUGUAUAUGAAUUGCAUUAAUUACUACAGCAGGUCCUGAUUAAAAUCUUAAUUUGGGGAUGACAUAGUAUCUAAAACAUUGUGCUCAUGCAAAUGUAUCCAUUGUGGGUGUGUCUCUAAAGCACUGUGUUGCCCCUCAGCAACCGCACACUGCAGAGUCAGUAUAAAUGAAAUGUGAACUGGUUUCAUCAGCAUUGCAUGAAUACCUGAGUGUAUCAGUUAAUCCCUGCUGAUCUCCUGUCUAAGGCUUCGCUGCACUGAGGUGAUCCCAGGCAGUACGAAUCUACUACUAAAUAGAAAGUCAAGUUAAUAGAUCCACACUCACAGCAGAAGCCAUCUAGCAAAGAUAUGAUUUAACUUGAUACAUGGGACUGGAUUCUUUAGUCACUGUUAUUAUCAGACAAUCAAUAUGCAAAAAGAAGAUCUUUUUGAAGACAAACAAGUAAUAGCCAAUGAUACUGUUCUUUUUUAGUUGAAUUUCUUUUUCCUUUCUGUACUUUGUUUCAGCUUUUUGGAAAUACUACAUUGUCAUAACCCUAAUUCUUACUAAAAUAUCAAAAUUAUGACCUGUGGCCCCUUGCUGUGUGUCAUCCCCUCUCUCUACCCUUUCCUGUCUAUCUUUCUGUCACAAUCCAUUAAAGGCAAUAAAAGCCCCAAACAUAUUUUCUUUUUAAAAGAAGAAGAAAAAGUUUGAGUGAUUUUUCAAAUUUUGAAUAAAAGUAUAUGGUAUAAGUAUAAGAGAGAAGACUGCACUAUGUAAUAUGAUAUAUUCUCAGAUUAUUGCUGUUCCUGUUAUUGAGAUUUACAUGCAUUAUCAUAUGGUCCGAUGUUUACAUGAUUACUUUGAACAGACAGGGUGGUUUAAUACCUGACGGGUACUAACCUGGCCCUGCACUGUGAUCUCAAACUAUUUACCAGCCACCUGGCCGUUAACCCCAGUUUAUUUUUCCGCUAGACCCAAAAUUGGUGGGUGUUUAUUUUGGAACCUGUUAAUGGUAGACAGUGAUCAGAAACCUGGAUCAGAUGUUUACAUGCCAUAGUAUCCCGGUACUCUGGCUAGCAUUUACAGGUUUAUUGCGAACAGGACCACAAAUCCAGGUUUCUGAAACCAGAAUAUGAUGCAUACGUAUGCAUUUCAAUAAACAAGAUACGACUGUGUCUGUCUGUCUUUCUGCUAGUCAGGAGCCAUUAGAAGGUCUCAGGAAAAACAAACCUUGGUAAAAUGCCACUGGACAGGAAAUUACAUUUAUUCUCUUUCAUUGCUAAUGUCCUGUGAAAAAACUAUCAGGCUGCUCUACCUCACUCCUUUGAUAACUGGGCCACUGUUACUAUUCAAUUCAAUUACUUUGUGUUCUGUGUUUCUAUUUAAGGGAAACAUUGAGUACAUUGACUACAGAACAUUGAGUCCCAUCUAAAACAAAACACAAAACAUGAAUGACUUGAGGUGUUUAUGUUGAAAAAAGGGGAUCUGCAUCAGGAGCAUCAAUGCCAAGAGUGUGUGUGAAUUAAUAGAUUUUUGACUGUACCUCUAACUUCACUGUCCUUGUACUGACACCAGUGUGAGACUUGUAAAAACCAUUGGUAAAAACCCUCCUGUCUCUGCUUACAUAAAACACCAUUUAUGACUGCUUCAAAGCUGUGCCUCUCUCACUUUCCAACAUUCCAAUAUCAUGCUUUCUCAACACUUGUCUGUCCCUCUUUCUGUUUCUUUUGUGUGGCUGAAAACCUUUCUCCCUUUAUUCCUUUUAUUUACUUAUCUUACUGUUUCUCUCUUCUUCCCUCUCCCUCCAUGUUUUAUUAUCACCAUUUUAGGUAACCAUGCUAUUUCAGAAGCUUUUUGUAUUUUUAGUUGGAAUUUAACCUUGGCUUGUACAAUAAAAUCAGAUGCAUUGUACAUAAAAUCCAUCUGUCUGACAGACUGAUGAUGUUGCUGCUCUGCUCCCUGGUCUGUGAGCAACUCACCUCUGGUCAUGCCCAUGUGACACACCCAAAUCUAAUGGAAUACAUGCCACCUGAAUCAGAAUACCAAAAAUCCUAAAAAAUAUGUUUUUGCUAAUUUGGUCUGACCAUGACCAUUUUCCAAAGAUACCAUAGAUAUUUGACUUGAUUUCCAUUCCACUGGUUCUCUCUAUCUAGAGACCCCUAUGCUCUGGUUGCAAAAAAAAAGGGAAACUUUAGUUUUUUUUCUCUGAUAUUAUGCAUAAGUGUUGUUCUUUAUACUAUAAAGUUUUCCUUAAACUGGAUUUCUUUUUAAAAUUGCAAUAUAUCGCCUUGCUUAUUGUAUCUCAUAUGUAUCGUAUAUGUGGAAUCGUAAGCCCUGUAUCGUGAUUCGUAUUGUAUCGCCUAACUCAGACUCUUCCAGCAUACGAGUGAGCAUACAGUAUCUUACAAACGUGAGUACACCCCUCACAUUUCUGCAAAUACUUAGGGCCCGAGCACAAAUCGUGCAAAGGCCCUAUUGUAAUUGAAAGGAUUCUUUUUCUUAUUUUUCUUUUAGUAACUUUGUAAUCGCAUAUUUGUAGGCUUCCCGUGCUCGAGUUUUCAAGCACAGGAUUUUAUCAGAUUGACUUUAAAUUCAGUCACUGCAAUCUAGACACAUUGGUGAUCAAACGUUGUUUUUUUAAAAGUUUUCAUGUUUUGGUCCGCACGUGUAACGCCUGCACGUGACGCGGCCGCAGCACACCCCGAGUUGCGUGGAGU